GGUGGGGAGGGAAGGGAAGUGGGGGGAGAGAAGCGAUCGCGAGAAAAAAAAAAAAUGCAACCUCCCAAAAUAAAGAGCAAAGAUUGCAUUAGGAGCGAACAGCGCUGCAGAAAUAGAUGGCAGCUUCGUGUCAGUGAGUUUGCAUCCCCCUUCCUGAUCCACGAGCUGGAGUGAUUAGAGCCCUGGAAGGGAAUUGUUACUCCCGUGGAGAAGUCCCCUUUUCCUGGCAGCCGUCUGCACUUGUACAUGCUGGAUGCCUCUCUCCAUCCACCCCACUCACUCUCUCCUCUCUCACCUCCUCUCUUCCUCUCUCCUGCAUUGAUUUUUUUUUUCCUUUUUAGUUGACUGAAACAAAACAAAACAAAAGGGCCACUGGAUGUCUGCCUUCUUGGGGGGUGAGCCAGACAGACUGACAAACAAACAGACCCAACUGUGUUCGGGGGAGGGUUUCUCCUCCCGUUUUGCCCGGCAGCAGCAGCAUGGACGUGUUGGCUAGUUAUAGUAUAUUCCAGGAGCUACAACUUGUCCACGACACCGGCUACUUCUCAGCUUUGCCAUCCCUGGAGGAGACCUGGCAGCAGACAUGCCUUGAAUUGGAACGCUACCUACAGACGGAGCCUAGGAGGAUCUCGGAGACCUUCGGUGAGGAUUUGGACUGUUUCCUCCAUGCUUCUCCACCCCCGUGCAUAGAGGAAAGCUUCCGGCGCUUGGACCCGCUGCUCCUCCCUGUGGAAGCCACCAUCUGUGAGAAGAGCUCGGCAGUGGACAUUCUACUCUCUCGGGACAAGUUGCUAUCUGAGACCUGCCUCAGCCUCCAGCCAACCAGCUCUUCUCUCGACAGCUACACAGCCGUCAACCAGGCCCAGCUCAACGCAGUGACCUCAUUAACGCCCCCAUCGUCCCCUGAGCUCAGCCGCCAUCUGGUCAAAACCUCACAGACUCUCUCAGCCGUGGAUGGCACGGUGACGUUGAAACUGGUGGCCAAGAAGGCUGCACUCGGCUCGGUCAAGGUGGGAGGGGUGGCAACAGCAGCGGCGGCUGUGGCGGCAGCUGGGACAGUUAAAAGCGGACAGAGCGACAGUGAGCAAGGAGGGGUGGGGGCCGAGGCAUGCCCUGAAAACAAGAAGAGGGUUCACCGCUGUCAGUUUAACGGGUGCCGGAAAGUUUAUACAAAAAGCUCCCACCUAAAGGCCCACCAGAGGACUCACACAGGUAGUGAGAAGCCUUAUAAGUGCUCCUGGGAAGGGUGUGAAUGGCGUUUUGCACGAAGUGAUGAGCUCACGAGGCACUACAGGAAACACACAGGUGCAAAGCCCUUUAAAUGCAACCACUGCGACAGGUGUUUUUCCAGGUCUGACCAUCUUGCCCUCCAUAUGAAGAGACAUAUCUAAAACCCCUAAAGGCCAGAGUUGCCAUGGCGUCGGCUGUUGUCUGAAGGAAAUGCCGUGAGGCCGGGGGCUGGACUUCAGGCGGGGAUCCAUUGCCUCGCAGAAGAAAGUUCUCACUCAUAAACCUCUGUGUACACACACACACACAGACACACACACACACACACACGCACUCACAUAGACUCACACACACGCACUGUCAUGCACUCAGCUAUAUUUAAAAUAUAUACGUCUAUUCUUUAUGCCUUGCCCUUGCCAGAUGGUAGAAGACGAAGAAGGAGGAAACCAGGUGAACUCAGCAAGGCAGACUGGCUGCUUACUUCAGCACUAUUGGAAUUAUUUCCCGCUGUUGCCAAUGGAAAUCAAAGAAAAUGGAUGUGACGUCUCUGCAGGUGGACGGCAGUAAGAGGGGCUUAUUUAACUUGCUUCUCAGUGCAACUUGAUAGGAGAAUACAACGUCGUCAAGUUGCAUAUGUGUAGCACUAAUGUUUCUUUUUAAAUAGUUGGGGGAAAAUGACCUAGAAAACCAAAUUGCAGUUUGGUAGCCAAAAUUAACUCUUGGUUUAUUUGUCCUUUGUGUGUGAAAAGUCCUGCUAUUCCGUGCGUCCGACUUCCUCACAGAACUGUUGAUCGGUUUUGGUUCUUCUUAGCACUAUUGAGAUCUUUCGAGUCGAUACCAACGGCCUUAGCGGCGGCAGACUCUGGAAUAACACCUUACACCUUUCUGGCCUGCAUUUCUCUAGACUUCACUCUCAAGGGAGGAGUUUUCUUUUCUUACUUCUUGACUCUUGCACACCAUAUGCACUAGGGAUUCUGGAAACUUCUAGCAUGACUGCAAAGUGGCCAAGAGAAUAAAGUCCUUGAUGAUAAAUCACAGUAUAUCCCUUGAGCCUCACCUUAUUGCCAGUGCUAGAUUUUUUCUUUUUAAUCUCUCUGUUUUUGCUAACGAAAACUUGAAAAGCUUAUUUGGAAGCUUAAAUGUUUUAUCUUUUCUCCAUGGACUAAACCUCUCCAGGACUCUCUCGGCACCUGGAUGUCCAGCUCUCGAAGCAGCCAAUCAGAUGGGACAUCACAGUUCUCUCAUCCCCCUUGAGGCAUCAUGACCUCAGCGCAUAGUGAUCAACCCCGUGCUGUGAGUCAUUGCUACCCUAUAACCAGUUUCAGCAUAGAUGUCGCUAGUCUCAAAGGGCAGCUGCAUAUUUAACCUAACUCUGGGUUAUGACCUGACAAAAAAGCCAAAAAUAUCACUCUUUCCAGGAGUGGGGAAAAUGGAGGAUGCCUCCCGAGUCUAGUGGCUUCAGAAAACAUCAUCCUAUCUUCCUCUCUCAUACCCACUGAGCUCAUACGCCCCCACUUGUUAAAACACACAAUUCAAAAUGCCAUUGUGGGAAUGAAGGGUGGACAUUUAAGGAAAGGGUUGAAAAGUUUCUCUCAUGGUCUGAAAGGAGAGACACGUUUCUAAUUCUUUUUGGCUAGACCCAUCAUGACCUGUGACCUAGAGCACCCAGGAUCAACAGAGGCCUCCCAUUUACUCUGCAAGCUGACUCCAAGGGGGUUCACAUUCCUCACUCUCCAUCCCACACACAUCCAAUAUCGGUCUCUUAUCUACCCGCAUUCUUAGCUAGCUGGCACUGGCCUCAACUCCAAAGACUGCCUUUAGGACCAUUAAAUGGCCUAUGCAAGCAAGCGGGGUGGUUAUUAGGACAGAUUGUAUAUUUUGUAUAUUCUGGGACCAUCCCUUCAAGACACGUCUAAAAAACAAAAAUGGCGUUUGGUCCGCACAUGGUUGCUGCUCCUUCCUACCAGCUGGCUCCCCUUCUGCCCUCCUUUGACUGUUUGACUCAUUGACUGUUAAAAUGCCACCCCAUACCUAUUUGGGAUGCAAAACUGAAGUCUUUAAAAGGAAAUAAUAAUAUAAGAAACACAAAUACAUGUAUGACAGCAACCUUCAAGAUCCUUGGCAUUUGGUUUCUCAGCUCUCUGCAAACUUUGAUUUCCCUGAAAUGUUGACAAGUGCCCAUCAAAGGGUAAAGGAGCCUCCUGAUCACAAAUACGGUAGCUACCGAUGGGACACCUGGGCAUUCUGAGGUCCGGCCCUUAAAGUUUUCUUUCUCUUUUCCCCUUUUGCAAUGUAGACCAAAAAACAAAACAACAGCAACAACAACAGCAACAACAACAACAACAAGAACAAAAACCAACAACAGCAACAACAACAACAACAAAACAAAAAGAAAAACCACCCUAAAACACACACACAUAUUAAUCUGCCCAUUUGCUGGAGGCAAUUCUGUAUAUGUUAGUUGGAGGGUAUUUAAAAAAAAAAAAUCAGUUUUAUUCCAAAGAUUUAAAACUAGACAUGACUUAGAAACAUUUUCUGGAGCACUGCUUGCUGACAAUCUCGUAGUUCUCUACUGCAUCUGAGUGCGUUUUAUGGCCAGUCCAUCAGGGCGUAUCAUGGGAUUAUAUUUGAAUGUGUGGUGCAUCCUUUCUGGAUGGAGGUUGUGUGAGGGACCUUAAACCUCAGCUGUAUUAAACUGUAGCACCUCCAGUCAGUGCACUAGAUGAAACUUUAGACACCCCAGAUUUUGUUGGUUCGUUGAUUUCCCUUUCUGUAGCAGCCUCCGGCAUGAAUGCACGCACGUACCAGUGAUGGCAUUAGCCGUGGCUGCCACGAUUUACAAAUGUUCUCUCCCCAGCUGGAGCUGCUCUUGCCUCUCGAAAUGCUAUUAUUAAGGGUUUAUAAUACUGAAUUUAAUUUUUGAACUGACCAAUGCAAGGCUCUAUUAAAAAGAAAGUUUAAAAAAAA